AUGGAACCCCAAACCUAUGAUCAACAACAAGAUAAUUCAAUCCCCCCAAAACCCCCAGAUAUUGAUCCAAAAUUCACCAAACCUAGCUUCAAAGACAUGCUCAUCACUCAAGAUCCGAUGUUGUUUGCAAACCUAGGAAAUGAUCAUGACAAAAGCUCCAUAUUAAUGGAUCAAGAUGAUCAAUCAAAUACUCAAUCCCUCUUGCCAAUCUCAGAAGGUAUUAAGUGUAUCUCACUUUCCCCUGAGGAUAAAACACGCAUCUAUGAGCCAUGGAAGCAUGCUAUCAUCAUCAAAUUGGUGGGCAAACGUAUGCUACAUCACUACCUAAAGAAAAAAAUUCAGGAACUUUGGAAGCCAUCUGAGGACUUCCAACUAAUUGACUUAGGAAUGGACUACUACAUCAUAAAAUUAAAAAAAAAGGAGAACAUGGAAAAAGCUAUGCAACAAGGACCUUGGUUUAUAAAUGGAUAUUUCCUCUCCAUUAUCCAUUGGAAACCAAAUUUUGUUGCAACUAAAGAGAGGGUCACCAAAUCAGCUGUUUGGAUUAGACUUCCUCGGUUACCCACUGAAUUUUAUGAUGCAAAAAUUUUGGAAAAAAUUGGUAAUGCAAUUGGUCGGCUACUAAAAAUAGACGUAUGUACAUCAACAACUCUCCGUGGUCGCUAUGCAAGACUAUGUGUGGAAUUAUCUCUUGACAUGCCAGUCCAACCUUCCAUCUAUGUUGGCCAUCACAAGCAAACAAUCCAUUAUGAAGGGGAGAACUUCCUUUGUACAAAAUGCGGCAGACUAGGACAUAUAGCACAAAAAUGCCCAUUUUUUCUUCAACUCAAUAAGAACAUUCCAAAUGAAAUUACAUGCAAGGACCCUCCAUCCUCAAAGGAAGGUGAUCAAGAAGUCUGGACAACAGUUUCUUUUUAA